AGCUAAAAACAGGCUGUUGACCAUUUGUGCUGUCCAGAGCUACUCCACCAGGCAGACGUCUUAGAAAACUAACAGAAACACAACUGUUCUGGGCAGCUUGUCUGAUGGAGAUGUUGGCCGCAGCUGCAUACUGGUCACGAUUGGAGGCAAGAACCUUAUGCUUGAUUGCGGGAUGCACAUGGGCUUCAACGAUGAUAGAAGGUUCCCAGAUUUCACAUUUAUCACCAGGGAAGGUCGUCUUACUGAACAUCUAGACUGUGUCAUAAUCAGUCAUUUCCACCUGGACCACUGUGGAGCCCUGCCCUACAUGUCGGAGAUGGUGGGAUAUGAUGGCCCCAUCUACAUGACUCAUCCAACCAAGGCCAUCUGUCCCAUACUGCUGGAAGACUUUCGGAAGAUCACAGUGGAUAAAAAAGGAGAGACAAACUUCUUUACCUCAGAAAUGAUCAAGACAUGCAUGAAGAAAGUGAAAGCUGUCAAUCUUCAUGAAGUUAUACAGGUGGAUGAUGAGCUUGAGAUCAAGGCCUACUAUGCGGGACACGUCCUUGGGGCGGCCAUGUUUCACAUCCGGGUUGGUCAACAGUCCCUCGUCUACACGGGUGACUACAACAUGACGCCAGACCGCCAUCUCGGGGCUGCGUGGAUUGACAAGUGCCGUCCCGACCUCCUCAUCACGGAGUCGACGUACGCGACGACAAUACGCGAGUCCAAACGGUGCCGUGAACGGGACUUCCUGAAAAAGGUUCAUGACUGUGUGGAAAACGGAGGAAAGGUUCUGAUUCCUGUGUUUGCGCUGGGCCGUGCCCAGGAGCUGUGUAUUCUCCUGGAGACGUACUGGGAGAGGAUGAACCUCAACAUUCCCAUCUACUUCAGUCUCGGACUCACAGAGAAGGCAAACCACUACUACAAGUUGUUCAUCUCAUGGACUAGCCAGAAGAUUAAACAAACAUUCGUACAAAGGAACAUGUUUGAGUUUAAGCACAUUAAGCCUUUUGACAGGUCUUACAUUGAGAAUCCUGGUCCCAUGGUUGUAUUUGCGACGCCAGGGAUGUUGCAUGCUGGGCUGUCUCUACAGGUCUUCAAGAAAUGGGCACCAUCAGAACAAAACAUGGUGAUCAUGCCAGGCUACUGUGUGGCUGGGACUGUUGGACACAAAGUGCUCAAUGGGGCCAAGAAAAUUGAGAUUGAAAACAAGCAAUUUGUGGAAGUGAAACUGAAGGUAGAGUACAUGUCAUUCAGCGCCCAUGCGGAUGCCAAGGGCAUCAUGCAGCUGAUCUCAUGGUGUGAACCCAAGAAUGUGCUCCUUGUACAUGGAGAGGCGGCAAAGAUGGACUUCUUAAAGACCAAAAUACAGCAAGAAUUUGGCAUUGAAUGCUUCAAACCAGCCAAUGGGGAGACAGUUACCAUAGAGACUCAGCACAAUAUUCCCGUGGAUAUAUCACUCAAUCUAUUGAAGAGGGAAGCAUCAUUAAAAGGUCUUGAUGUACCAGAUCCAAAGAAGGCCAGGAUUUUACAAGGAGCCCUUGUAAUGAGGGGAAAUCUCCAACUAGUUGACCCAGACGAGGCGCUGAGGGACCUGGGUAUCAAGGAGCACAAUCUCAGGUUCACCUCCACACUGUGCAUUGACGAGGCCGGACCUGCCCAGAAACUCACAGAGAAAAUAUACAUGCUCUGUAAAAACCACAUGACUGAUCAACAGACGCAGAUUGGGUCAGAUGGUUCCAUCUCUGUGUCGGAUGUCAUGGUAACGACCUCUGGGGAAGAUGAUGACCCCAAGUCCGUCCUGGUCACAUGGUCCCAUCAGGAUGAAGAGCUUGGCAGUAUGUUAAUGAACAUUCUCAGAAGUGAGCUACCAAUCGUGACAGACUGAGACCCGAUUAUUAGAUAUGCAAGGACACCAGUUAGGUCUUGCUGUGUAUCACAAGUCAUGUUGGAGGGAAAGAAUUCUCCGAGGAAGCUAUGGUGCUUAAGUUUCUUAUCAUCAACUAUGAUGGUGAAAAUUUGGGGUUCACAUGAACUACUGCAAUACUGCUGGUUUGAAAAAAACUUGCACAGAGUUCUUGGUGAAACUGAAACAUAGGGAUGGUUUUCAACUUGUUAGGACUAAAAGUUUUAUUUAUCUCAUUAUUUUUUAAGGCCGUAAAUCAUGAAAGAAAUGAACUGUAGAGUUUAAUUAAAGAAGUAUAGAAUAUUUUAAGGGUUAAGAUAGCUUUGUUAGCAUGUUAACUUGUGGAGAAGAAUUCUUAUAAGUUUUUAGUAAUUUGUUUUCUUAUCCAUUA